GAAACUUCACCAACCACUUGCUAAUUAAUAAGCAAAAACCCUUAAUCUCUCUCAGCCUAUCCUUCUCUAAAAAUGGAAAAACCAACAUCAAUUGUUGUGCAAAAUUCAGUCAUCAAUCCUUACAUAUCCAAAGUUCACUACCCACAAAAAGCCACGGGCAUAUCCUUCUUUGCCUUCGUUUUCUCUAUUUUUAUGUAUAUCUCUAUCUUCUAUGUUUUCAAUCUCUCCCCUUCAAAGCUUGUCAAGAACUCCAAGUUUUGGUUCUUCAUUUCCAACACUCUCAUUAUCAUCAUUCUGGUAGAUUAUGGUGCAUUCUCUUCCUCCAGAGACAAUUCUAAGCAACACGAUCUUUACCAGGACCACAUAAUGAGAAGGCAAACAAGUGCUCCAUCCUCCUACCGACAAUACCACUCUCAAAUUAUCAAGACAUGCAUUCCUAAAGAAGAGGUCGAGGUCUUGCAGGAGAAGAGCAAAGAAAUAACAACCCCUCAAAGGACAAGGUCCAGCACCAGCUUCCAAGGGAAUAAGAUUAAGAAGCUUGAAAGUUGCCUGGAACAAGAUAAUGCUAGUGGAGAUCGUGAGAAGAAGAAGGUCCAGCCAAAAACUUUUCAACGUUGUAAGUCAGAUAUCCAUAAAAGGGUAGUGAUUGAUGAGAGUAAGAACAUUAUUAGAAGAGUAGAAGAAACUGAUAUAUAUGACUCACCACCAGACCCUGUAGACAGAGAAGAAAAUAAAAAUGAUCCGUAUGCAAAAAUGUCCAACGAAGAAUUAAACAGAAGAGUUGAAGAGUUUAUUCAAAGAUUCAACAGGCAGAUUCGGCUUCAGAGAGAUGUUUAUUAGAUAAACUCAAGUAGGUGAUGAAUUCGGGUUCCAUCGAUCCAAGAGGUUAUAGCCUAAAUCUAGCUAGCUAGCUAGAAAACUAUGCUGCCAUUUUGCCAUGCCUUUUAGAUUAUGUUUGUCUUCCACUAGCUCUAUCUUUUUCUAUAUAUGUUAUUAUCUAAGUAUAAACACUUUAGACUUUUGUAUGGAGACUUGUCUUUGUCCAUAUUAUUUUUUCCUUUUGUUGGUCCUCUCUUAUAUAUUUUAUAUAUAAUUAUGAUCUAUUUUCUGCA